UCAGUUUCAAUCUCGCUUGGUUCUCCUCUCUCGACGCGUGUUCCUGGCGCACGCUCCAUCGUGCCCGGUUCUACUCGACGUUUCCACGCUCGAACGCGGUCGAGCUGCUCGCGAAUCGUGAAUUACCAGUGAUAAGAUCCACCUCCUUAUCCGUGGAGUGCUACCAGUAAGAUUACAGAUUAACCGACUUUGGGAGAACAUUUCACCGUUGUGUGUACCAGUAUUUCUGUGCGCCAUAAACUCUAAUUACCCUGAAGAUGUAAUUAUCAUGCAACAGGGAGGUGCAGCUUGCCUAGCCAACAAGUGUGAUCAGUGAGGAAAUUAUUCAUUCAACCGAUUUUCUAAGUGUCAGUGAACAUUAGUACGACAAACGCUGUUGCAAACUUGAAGAAACACUGUGGAACGAUCAGUUGUGAGCAGUGGAGGGUCUGCCCGUCUAUUGGGAGGACCUACCCGUGCGGCAUUGCGUAAAUGCAGCUGCGACCGCCAACAUUUUUAUGAAUUACGCAGACCUGGACAGAACAAGGAUGGUCUCGCACGUUAUUCCGGUCGCUGGGGAACUGCAGCAAGGCAAUGGAAGCCUGGGUGUCACAAGUCAUGGAGGUGUGCAGGAGACCUUUCAUUCCCUGAAAAUCAAGCAGGAGCCAUUUCAGGUGUCGCCGCCAUCGCCUCUUCCGUCUCUACAUCAAGUGAGCAGUUUCGUGUCAGAGAUGCAGAAUGGUUGCCUGGGCGCCACGUCGAAGGAGCUGGACUCCUCCAUAGGUCGGAGCCUAGCGUCGCACGCAUCCUUGACCCAUCAUUCUCACCAUAGCCUGCACAGUCCUAACUCCGUAGUGUCGAUGCACUCGACAGGCUCCGCUCAUCAUCAUCUAGAGGACAAAGGAUCAUCCCCCAGCGGAGUUCUUCAUAGCACCACCAACAGCAACCCGUCGACUCCCUCGGCUCCCUCCACGCCAACCGCAGCCGCGGACGGGUCCACCGGUGCCUCUGGUAACGGAAACGGAAGCGUUAGUAACAACGAUUCGGCUAGCAAGAAGCCUCCCUUCAGCUACGUCGCGUUGAUCGCAAUGGCGAUUCAGCACAGCGCUCAGAAGAGGGCCACCCUGAGUGAAAUCUAUGCUUACAUCACCGCCAGGUUUCCCUACUUCCAGAAGAACAAGAAGGGCUGGCAGAAUUCGAUCAGACACAAUCUGUCGCUGAACGAAUGCUUCGUGAAGGUACCGCGCGAAGGAGGCGGUGAGAGGAAAGGAAACUUCUGGACCCUCGAUCCUCAGUACGCGGACAUGUUCGAGAACGGUAACUAUAGAAGGCGUAGACGUAUGAAGCGGCCGUAUAGGAACGCACCGUAUCAUAAACCAUUGUUCGGCGAUCCUUUUUCUCCCACGCAUGUUCAUUUGGGUCCCAGAAACUUGUUUGGCCAUUCACCACCGUCCUAUGCUCCGUCCACCUACACUAGAUACGACACCAGUGCUUGGAGUCUUCAGCAAUCACAGCUCUCCUACAGUCACUGUCAGUCACUUCAACCGCAAUUGCAGCCAAUGCAGUCGAUGCAGAUCCCACCGAUAAACGGGUAUAGCCAACUGGGCACCUCGUUAACGUUUCAAGGCAAUUACUUGGAUGUUCCAGGUGGGACGGCGAGUUCUCCUGGCUCCAUGGGGGGCGGCUCCUUCGGUAGCAGCUUCGCCAGGAGACACGAUGCCGCCAUGACGCCGGAGACGGUACCUACCAGAUGCUACUGGCCCGAAAUGGUGAACGUGAAGGAGGAACCGGGAAGUGUGACGGUGUCGAGUACCAGCGUAGGCGGAGUCGGAGUUCCGUCCGGCAUGAUGGGUACCACAGCUCCAACAGGAGUCUCGACCGCUGCCUUCUCGCCUAUGGAGUUCCAGUCUCGGUCCAAGUGUUUCAUGUGAAUCGCUCCAUCGUCCAGGUUCUCGUCAACGUCCGAGGACCGUCUUACCGCAGGGGUAAGCGGGAAUUUGCAAACUGGAGGUCGGGAACAACUCUGAAAAAGGGGCAGUGUCCAAGGAACUUUGUGCUUCGACGAGAGCUCCCCGAGGAUGUGUCCUCGGUGUGUUUUCGACUGCUACACAGUAUUCGAUAUUUAAGGGACAAGUCGGUGGCUUCCGAAGGGAGGAGGAGCAUCCCCGAGAUCACUAUAAUUAACGAUUACGUCUAAGCUGUAUCCGCGAGCCAGGGGGAUGCGUCAAGGCAUAUCUUGAAGCGUUCCUCCUUUAUACAUAUAUAUAUAUACAUACAGACAAAAAUAUUACUUAGGUUCAUAGUGAUGUAUCUGAACGUGUAGAUCGCAUAAAUAGGACGACUCGUUGUAUGUACAUAAUGUAAUUGCCUAUGUGUACCGGUAGUUUUUCUGAUCGCUAUGAAACUCUCCUCGCUUUUAAGGACUCUGUACAUGCGGCAGCUUCUGUAAUUAUAUGGAAAUAAAUCUCUAUUAUUUAACGCUUA